AUUUUUCCUCAGUGACCUAAAGUUAACUUAAUGGCCUGCAACACCCCCUAUAACUAUAGUAACAUAGACCUGCACGAAGUACUCAUAAUCUUUUCAACCACUUCACUCCGUUCAUGUCAAAAUGACCUCGGUCGUUUGGGAUGCAGCGGAUGUGUUGCAGAUUUAUCAUCAUCGCAGAUGUAUCGGUAUCACCACAAGAAAAACCCGCUGUUCGUUGACUAUCAAGGAACCACGCCUUUCGGCAAUUGCUCCGUUGCUCGACCGGAUGUCGCAAAACUCUCCGGAAUUUGUUACGACACAAACUCUGAGUCAGCUAGCAGAUUUGUGCCUUUGUCGCACUUACCAUGCAGGUCAAGUGCACAGAUUCGUGGGACAUUGGACAACCGUGGUAAAGGAGGCAGUAUCUGUGGAGCGGCAGAGGAUGGCCAAGCGAACCGAAGUUAUGACACAGGUCCAACAGACAUUGGAUUUUCAAUCGCAUAUUCUAAAACUACACGAAGAUCUUAGUGCGGCAAGACAGGCAAAUACUCAAACACAGAAGCAGUACCAACGAGACGUCAAUGGGUUACGAGAUGAGAUCAUGCAUCUAGAACAACAGCUCCAAGAAAGCGAAGAUCAUCGCAGCGGUACGGAAGGUAGAUUGUCAGCCACGAAGAGGAACUUGGAAAAGCUUCAAACCCAAGCCAUGAACGAUUUGCUCGCUCGCAACAGCUUAGAAAUGGAGAACAAAUCUCUGAAAGCGCAAAUGAUCGAUGCGCAAAAGAAACUGAAUGAAUAUGUGUCGGUCAAGGAACAGAACCGGGAUCUUGAUGUUCAAAUCAAAACCUUCGAAAAGAAGAUUAAACAAUACACGGCCAUGUUAGAGGAUACAACCAACAAAGCCAACGCCACUGAAGAACAAGUCGCAACCGAACGUGCUGCGAAAGAGUCCAUGGAAAACCGCUACAAGGCUCGGCUUACUGAGCAAGAGGCUGAGAUCGCAGGGCUCAAGAGCCAUAGGGAGGAAUUGGAGCAGACUGUGGCUGGACUACAAGCGAGUAUCAAGAAUUGCUGGUGGCAUAGAUUCCGGGCGUGGAAGGAACGGUUUCGGAAGAGGAACAGAUCAGGAUCUUGGAUAAGUAUUACGGAUGAAAUGAACGAAGAUAUUGCUCUGAAGGCGUACGCUUGA